GGAAGUGCUCGCAGCACGUGACAGCCAUGAGCUGCAGUAGCGAAGAUGAACCUGUUACCGCGCAGCAGUAAGGAGUUCUCCUCCAGCGAGUACUGGGAGCAGUUCUUCCGGCGCCGGGGGGAGCGGGCCUUCGAGUGGUAUGGAGGCUACCUGGAGCUGUGCGGCGUGCUGCAUAAGUACAUCAAACCGAAGGAUAAGGUUUUGGUUGUGGGAUGUGGCAACUCCGAGCUGAGCGAGCGACUCUACGACGCCGGGUGCCAGAAUCUGACCAAUAUUGAUGUCAGCGAGGUGGUCGUCCGUCAGAUGAAGGAGCGUAAUGCCAGCCGCAGGCCCAACAUGACGUACCAGCUGAUGGACGCCACACAGACUACGUUCAGUGACGGUCACUUCCAGGUGGUGCUGGAUAAGGGGACACUGGACGCCAUACUUACCGACACUGACGCCGCCACGCUGGAAACUGCUACUAAGCUGCUAACGGAGAUCGGUCGUGUCCUCCAGUGCGGGGGGCGCUAUGUGUGUGUGUCUCUGGCUCAGGCCCAUGUCCUGGAGAAGUUGGUGGCACGGUUCUCUGGGGGGGGCUGGAUGGUUCGUAUCCACAGGGUCUCUUCUGAGAGCGGCAGUAAGGAGUCAGGCAGCCGGUUUCCUCUACCGGUGUUUGUAUUUGUGAUGACUAAGGUUAAGGAGAUGCCGGGUUUCCCACAAGUCUUAGAAAUGAUGCCCGAUGAGGAGGGCGGCAAAUCUCUGCGCUGUGCCAGCCCUAGUGAACUCAUGGAAAUGGUUAAGGAAAGACAGCGCUACGCCCUAAUCCGGAACAGUCUGAACCAGAACCAGAACUCUCCGGAGGUCUCCCUGGACUUGUGCGAUGGCGUCUCUGGGAAGACGCGUUAUACCUUUCAUGUGGUGGACAGUCCGACCGUACGAGCCGCUCACUCCAAUCACUUUGCCAUCUUCAUUAGUCAGAAAAAGAGAAGGAAAGACAAGAAGAAGCAGCAGAAAUCAAAUGACAAGAUGGAGGCUGAGCCGGGUCAUGUGAUCGACAAGAGCUUCCUGUGCUGUGAGCACCACAGAGCCGUGAUCUCCGGACUGUCGCUCCUUCACAAUCCCGGAGUGACCCCAGGCCAACAGUUAUCGGUAUUGGUAGUGGGGCUCGGAGGAGGGAGCCUGUCACUUUUUAUCCACGACUAUUUUGGGUCACAAGUUGAAGCUGUGGAAAUCGAUCCUGCGGUGCUGGAUGUUGCCUGUCACUGGUUCGGGUUCUCUCUAGACGACCGUGUGAAGGUUCAUCUCGCUGACGGUUUGGCGCACAUCAAGGAUCUGGUGGAAAAAGGAAGAGCCCGCCAUGAUGUGGUGAUUUUUGACGUGGACAGUAAGGACAGCAGCCUCGGGAUGAGCUGCCCCCCUCCAGCUUUUGUAGAAAAGAGAUUUUUACAGGACGUCCACAAGAUCUUACAGGAUGAUGGACUCUUCAUUGUGAACCUUGUGUGCCGGGACCCUGUCUUAAAGGGACAGGUCAUCAAUACUAUCCGUGAUGUUUUCCCUCUAAUUUAUGUGCAAAAGAUCGAGGACGAGGUGAACGAAAUCCUGUUCUGCCGCAAGGUUUCGGGUCCGAGUCGGGAAAUCUCAAACAUAAUAGAGUCUGCGAGAAGCUUAGAGAGGCAGCUGAGGAGACCGGGCGCGCUCUGGGACGAGACGUUCCUUCUGGCCGACAUGAUGAAGUCGGUGCGGAUCGUCUGAGAGUCUGGAAAAACGAUAGGGAAGAAAUCUACGUAAUGUGGACACGGAGGCGGGAACACGAUGUGUAUAUAAGGCCAAAAUCUCCAAUUUAGGGAAAACUAUUUAUAAUAAAUGGACUCGUGGUCUUGUGUGAUAUCGUGUCUGUACUUGUUCUAGAUAUUCCGUCCCUGUAAAAAGUCAUAAAUUACAGAAUAUAUAUUCUAUUAAUUU